AUGAACUCUAGCAGGCGCCAAAAUAAAAGAGGAACAAAGGGGAAGCUACGCCAGCCCCUGCCCAAGUCUGAUGACCGCGAUGAUGCAUUCUUUGACCCUGAACCUAAGCGCCUGCGCCGGAAGUCUGGUAGUGGUGGUAACGAGGUCAUUGACAGCGAUGAAGACAGUGGAGGCAUAUCGGAUGGUGAGCAUAAUGCAGAGAAUGAGCAAGAGGGGGAGGUGGAGGAACCAGAGACUGCAGCUGAGAAGCGUCUAAGGAUAGCAAGAGAAUAUGUAGAGAAGAUAAAGGCUAUCACAAGACAGCAAAGGGAGGAUGAAGAUGAGACGGAGGAGGAAGGUGUGGAGGAGGGGGAAGGUAGGCAGGAUUCCCUGGCUGCAGAGCUUCUCCAGAAGGAGCAGCUUGAGGCCAGUGGCCGUGCCCGCAGGCUUAUUGCAUCACGGUAACUUCUCUGCUCCUUUCAUUGUUCUCUGCCUGCUUUCUGUUGAGAAUCGUGCCCAUGGGUGGUAAUGCCCAAAUUUCGUGCUCAUCAUACUUACUUUAUCUACAAUAGUGCAGGCUUCAACAGCCAGAUACCAUGGAUGAAUUCAGAGUUAUGCAGAGGCACCGGCAAUCAGUUGUUGCUGUGGCUUUGACAGAAGAUGAUGCAAGAGGUUUCUCAGCAUCCAAGGGUGGAGAUAUCAUCCACUGGGACGUGGAGAAUGGGAAGAAGGAGAAGUAUGCUUGGCCUACAGAGGAUGUGUUAAUUUCCCAUGGUGCAAGGGCUCCACAGAACAGGUCUUCAAAGAGGAGCAAGCAUGUGCUAGCGCUGGCUGUCAGCUCGGAUGGGCGGUAUCUGGCAACAGGUGGAAUGGAUCGACAUGUUCACCUGUGGGAUACACGAACAAGGCAGCAUAUUCAGGUCAUAUUUUCCUUGUCUGAUUUGUUAUCAUGACUGAUUGCCACUUUUCUGAGUGAGAGCUGUUGGAAUAUGUAUUGCUCUAGUACACAAAUAACAUUUAUUAUGUGCUACAAAGUUUAUGUAUUUUUCUUUGGAAUUUUUAUGUGAUACUUGGCUAACAGUCCAUUUUUUAUCUCACAGGCAUUUCAGGGCCAUAAAGGUCCCGUGUCCUGCUUGACAUUUAGACAGGGUACUCCUCAGCUUUUCUCUGCAUCCUUUGAUCGGGCAAUCAAGUUGUGGAAUGCGGAGGAUAGAUGCCAUAUUGACACAUUACAUGGGCAUGAAUGUGAAGUCCUUACAAUUGACUGCCUACGAAAAGAGCGGCUAUUGACUGUUGCUCGUGAUAGAACUGUGCGGUUGUGGAAGGUAGGAAAUGGGUUUAUUUUAUAAUAUGUUCUCAACUACUCUCUUGAGUUGUGGACUGAUGUGUUUACUGUACAUUUAUCUGAAUCUGCCUUUUGUUUCAGAUCAGUUUUUGAGACAAAUCACUUGCAAUUAUAUGACUUUCUUAAAAUUCCAACUUGUGGAAAUGAAUACUACUUAGCUCGUAAGUAGCAAGAAAGAGAAAUCAAGGGGCAUUUAUCAGUCAGAAAGAGAAAUCUCUGUUAGUAGUUGGCUUAGAUCCAAGAAAGAGUCACUAAAAAAUGAAGAUGUAGUUUGGAAUGAAGUUAAUAGACUGUCAAUUCUUUUCUUCGAUUUUGUUUUGUGAAACAGGCUCAUCUACCAUUCUCGGAAUAAGGUUACAUUCUUGCAAUGGUGGAUUUACUUAAAAAACAGUGGAACCAUCUACCCAGGCUUUGCGAACUAUGGCAAACCGAAAUGUUAAUAGAAAGUAAUGGGAGAAAAUGUUCGGUUUUGCAUCAGAUUUUGACUGAAGUCCAGUGCCACUCCCAGUUUGUGUCAAUUCAUAGUGCUAAUAUUUUGCUGCACAAGUUGCAUAAGGUGUUCUUCGUCUCUUAGCUGGAGAAUCUUCCUUGUAGAAUCAAUCUUGCUCCCAGUUGAUGUGAUAUUCGGCAUGAACUUUUCGUCAUGCAAAUUUCCUAAAGUUUGAAAUGUGCAUCACAAGUUGGUGCUAGUGUAUUUCAUGACACUCAAUGAGAACGUCAUGUCACUUUUUUUUAAAAACUGUCUUGCCUGUGUAUGGAUGCAAUAGUUGGAGGAAUAUUGUGUCCAGAAGGCUCCAACCUCUGAGCAGAAUGACGUAGAGUUCUUGUGUCAGAAACAUCGUGUCCCUCAGGAAUUUGCCAGCGUUAAUUAGAUUCCCUCGCUGUCCAAGAAAGGGAGUUUCCACUCUCUUGGCCUUUUUAUCUCAUCCCUUUCUUUUGCUAACCUCAUCCAUCUGAGUGUGUGUUUGUAUCAUAAUUGAUUACCCACAUUUCCCACAAUCUUGAAGGAAACUGUGCCACUGUUUGAUUAUGAUAUUUCCGGGAAUACUUGAUGAAUUUCUUGCAUCCAUUAUUAAUAAAAUAUGAUCUUCAGACUAUCACCACUGUGAAGAUCACAGGUAAUUUGCGAAGAUCUUUAACGUCAAUAGAUAAGGGAUCAUUGGUGGGCGAACCAAACCUUUUUGCCAGGGCCUAUAAAUCUUCUUCUUACUAAUGCCUACAACAUAUCCAUUUUUCCUGUGUCCAUUUUCUCGUUGACUUCGAAAAGGAAAUGUAAAUUGUACCAUUACAUUAUUUACUCGAACUAUAAAUUUCUGAAUUAUUGUAGUCUACUUCAGUCUAUAUCUGUUCAUCUUUCCUUCAAAGUAUUGGAAAACGUCCUCUUAUUCGUAAUCAUUGACAACAUUGCGAACCAUGCACAAUGAUAAUCUGUACGUUUCUUGCAAAGACUAUUCACCCGGUAGAUCAGAGAAAACAGGUCUGUUAUCCUACAUUUUUAACUUCUAUGCUCUUGUACCCCACACAUUCAAUGGAUAUCUGAUUCCCGUGGUUCUUCACUUUCAUGCCAACUGAAAUGAGUGAAACGCUGGAUAUCUUCAUUCCAUUUUCUCGUUUUUCGUGUCAGUGUCCAUAUCUUGGCUCUGCAACCGGUAAUUUGACAAGUUUUGAAAUUUAUUCCUCAUGUUUGAGGCACGCGAUUGAUUACGAAUCCUUUAACUUGGUUAAGAGUGAUCAUUUAUGGCAAUUUUCCAUCAUAUAUGGUUGGGAAAAAAAUGGAAACUCGCACAAACCUUGAAUGAUUUUAUUUUAUCAGUGUCAGCCAGGCAUCCACUGCCCAUCUGCUGUUGAAAUAUGCCAACUACUGAGAAGUAGGAAAAGCUGUUAAAGUGGUGUCGAUUCUUAACCUUGUCCGGUUGAUGGGCAAAUAUAGAAGAAUAAUGGGAAGUGUCCACAGGGACUACCAUGGUAGUUUUCACAGAAUAUGUCCUUGAAUAUUACUACUGAAAUCGCAAUUUAUUUUUUUUAAUGGUGAUGUCACAUCGCACGAAUUUUUCUGUAAGGGUAACUUUUUCUGCUGUUUAUAAUUGACUUUGGUGUGGCUCCUUUGUGAAGGUUUGCAUGUAAUUAAUUAUAAUUUGAAACAGGACUAGUUUAGAACUAUUUUUUUUUUUGUUGCCACAGGUUCCCGAGGAGUCACAAUUAGUUUUCCGAGCCCCAAUGGCAUCUUUGGAAUGUGGUCGUUUUAUCAACAACGAAGAAUUUUUAUCUGGUUCAGAUGAUGGCAGUAUUGAAUUAUGGAGCAUCUUGCGGAAGAAACCCAGAUUCAUUGUAAAAAAUGCGCAUCCUGUAUCAGUAGCUGAUGUCCACAUGAAAGACACUAAAAUAGUAUCAAAUGGAGUUAGACAAGGUAACCAACAUUGGUUUUCGAUUCGUAAUUCAUUUACUAUUCCAUAAAGCAUUGCAGUGGUGGUGUGAAUAAAGUUCUGCACUCCUAAUUGUUCACAGUGCAUGAUUCUUCUUAGACUAUUACUAUUACAAAUUUGAUCUUAGGAGAAAAUUAUUUUCAUGCAUAUAAAAUGUCCUCAUUUCAUAUUUUUAAUUUUUAAAUUUCUUCAUUGGUAAAUGCAUUUGGUGGAUAAUUGUUAUCCAAUGAUCUCUCUACCACAGAAUACCCCGGGUACAAUGGUGUAGAUGGCAACUUACAAGUCAACCCUUGUUCUUCGGCACAAUCCUGGGUUAGUUCAGUUGCUGUAUGUCGUGGCAGUGAUCUUGCAGCAUCGGGGGCUGGUAAUGGUGUGGUUCGUCUAUGGGCUAUUGAGAGUGAGGCUGCAAGUAUUCAACCUUUAUACAAUCUUCCUCUGGUAAGUCGUUUUAAGAUCUUAUUUCUUUCUGUUGGCUACUAUAUCUGUCGCAGGCCAAUGUAUCCCCUGGUAAAUAGAGAUGUAUUUAAGAAUAACUCAGAUUGGACUAAACUUCGACCCAACUAAAAGUUUGCUUAAUAAAAGUAAAAGUACAUAAUGGUUUAUGAAACAAAGUGUUCUCUAAAACGCAUGCAUACGCCAUAGCUUAUCGAAAAUUUUCGGUAGAAAUAUAUCUACGAUCGCUUCACAAGCAAGAACGUUUCAGACGCCUUUUUGUAUGAGAAGAUAGUCUAGCAAGUGCCAGUCAGCCCUCGAGGGUAUACAUUGGUUUGUUGUCCACUGCACCUGCCUCUUCCUUUGAGACUCCAAGUGUGUUGAGGUCAGCGUCCCUGGGCAACUGCCAUUUGACUGACACAUUGUACGUCUUCAACAAUACAUAAAGAACUGACGAGAGACUCUGUGACAUAAUACCUAUCUCUAAUUUCAUCUCAUGGUUUGUCUAUCCCAGAAAAGUCGGUACAAAUUUUGGAACCUACAUUUUUUUUUUUAAAUGUAGUAUCAGAUUGUUAUAAGCCAUUUCAGUUGAUUAUACGUCCAAAAAAAGCAUAUACAUGACUUAUCUAUCUUCUUUGCUUCUCAAAUAAUAAGGUCCAGAAAUCUCAGAAUAUCGAUUUUUUAACAUAAUUUCAUGCAAUUAUUCCUGAAAAUAUCACAUCACAUCGUCAGUCAUUUUUCUCAUGUAUUUCUUUGGAAAUGUACUUCAAAGAAAAUACAGAUAGCAGGAGAGAUGGCAACAGGAUCGAUCAUUUGUUGCUAGUAAACCUGCUGCUGAUGAUAACUAGCUAGAUUCAAAAUAAUCUAAGUGGGCCCUUAGGAACUGUACAUCUCGCCUCGUAAAUACAUUCCUUUUGCUUGGGAAUCAAUAUCGCCAGCACCGCAGGUUCCUGCUAAGGCUCCAUAUCUUAUCCCAGCGAAACCUUGUCGGCAAUCAUUGAAAACUGUUUGCUUCUUGUACUCCACGAAAACCAAAGUUUCUGUGUUCGUUUUUUACUGGGGUAUUGGACGCAUAAAUGCAAUAAUCUUUGUUAGGAGAUCUCUAUACUUUGUUAUGGUUGAAUGGUGCCAUGGUUGUCCUUUGACUUAAUUCAGCACACAUCUAAUUUCGUAUCAGAUAUGGUGUUAGUCUCUGCAGUUGCUUUUGAUAUUCUGUUUAUACCUUUCUGAAUUCCUUAAACCUGGGAGAGAUUUUUUUUCUAGAGUGACCCUCCUUCAGCGAUUUAUGGUGGGGAUGGGCUGUGCUCUUGUGUAUGGAUCAGUGUUCAUCCGACGAGUUGACUAAAGAAACCAUACGUUGACCCUACGUGUUUUGUCAGAAUAUGUGAAUAAUGAGGGUGGUUAUUUUGAGAGACAGAAUGGUUGGAGACCGGCUGCUGGGAUUUUCGAGAAAAUUGUCUCCUCAAUUUCUAAACAAUUUUAAUGGUUUUUAAUUUAAAUCCAUUUAAUUGGGAGAACCCAUAAACAAAAAAAAUUCCUCAUUUAUUUUUUUCUUCCAUAUAACUUUACAACCCAUGAACAGUUUUCUUUGUUGACAGAAGAACCAUGAGCAACUCAUCUCUAAUGCAACAUUAUUGCAAGAAACUUCUAGAACGUUCCCUGAAAAUGGAAAUUUUGUUGACCCUUCAAUCCUCCUCAUGAGCUAUAUAUAUUUAGUUCACAUCUGAUAUUUAUUUGAUAAAAAAAUAACAUCGAAACGCUGACUUAUCUGGGAUUCCCCUGUCACUCAGGUUGGCUACAUAAAUUCACUUGCGUUUGCUAAAUCUGGGCGCUUUGUUGUGGCUGGAGUCGGGCAGGUUUGUCUCCAUCUCUCAAAAUGAUUGACUUCUGACCCUCCUGUUCUUGUCCCCUUUUUUUCGCAUAUUAUAUUUAAUAAACCUUUAUUAAAAAAAAUAGAGCUAGUAGAAAAGCAUAUGGCGACGAACCCAUGUCAUUUAAAAUGUAAUUAAUUAAUUAAUUAAUUAGUUAAUUAAUUAGUCCUUUUUUCUUCUACCCAUCUUAUUAAUUAUUCUGCUUUAUCAGGAGCCGCGGUUGGGAAGAUGGGGGCGUCUUGCAGAUGCCGUGAAUGGGGUUGCUCUGCAUCCCCUCAGGCUCGACAGUGACGGCUCCAAGCAUAGCUGA